CUGUCAAAUUACUCACCUGAAAAGAAAACCUGUGUCUAUUUCAUUAUUUUUUCUAUUUUAUUACCACUAAAAUAAUUUAAAACUCAAAAAUUUUAUAAAAAAAACCCAAAAUUCCUUCAAAAAUGGCUUUCAACUGGGACUGCCUUGACAUCGGCAACGUCGAAUUGGAGCAUUCGCAAAACUAUUUCGAUGUACGUCACAUUGAGCACGAGAGGUUAGGCGAACAAUGCGAAGAAUUAAUCGAACAAAUGAUUCCGCAUUCCAAACCCAUCGCUGUCUUCAAAGGCAAACGUCUCUUCAAAUCGAACGAAUUCGAAAGUCCUGCUCCAAAGAAAAAACUUGAAGUCAAAAGAUCUCAAAGACUUUCGGAAAAAUCGAAACCCGUCAUGAAAAGCAAAUUAAAGACCGCCGCACCGCUCAUCAAAAAGAAAUCCCUUCCAGAAGUUUCUACAAGACUCUCAACUCGACAAUCCGGAGCCGAAAAGCAAAUUCCUGUCACUCGAACAUCGCGAUUGAUCCAACAUGCCCAAGCUUAUGCCGAAAAACGACGUGCGAUGCUCGAGCGACACCGCAAAGAGCAAGAAGAAAAAAAUAAACCAAAAAAAUUUCGCGCUCGAUCCGUACCAAAAUACAUCAAGGAACGCCGAAAACGCUCAACGAUCGACGGAAACAAAGAAAAUGUUGAAAAAUCAUGAAAAAAUUGCUGACUACAGACGAAAAACGUACUUUUUGAUAAAUUUUUGAUUUUUUGUUAGUAUUGAAUAAACGUAAAAAAUUAAAUUUUCUCCUUGGAAUGCUCGUCAAAGAGAAAAAUGACACAAAAAAUAA